AUGUCUCAUGAAGCUGAAUCUUUGAACUUUGGUUUCGAAGAUACACAGCCACGUGCUCACGACAGCAUUGUAUCCAAGGACGACGAGAUUGUCUCGUCGUUGUCGGAGAUCAACAACAAUCAUGAGGAGGAACCUUUACAGGACGAGACUGCUACCAAACCGGUUGAGGAUCCAAUCGUAUCAUCUGAAGUUGCCAGUGACUCUCGGGAGAUUGAAUCCGUUGCUAAAGAGACCCCUGUUGAACCUGUUUCUGUGGCUGAGGUCGUUCCAACCACAGAUCUGGACACUGUCGAGCAAACACGAGAAGAGCACCAACCUUCUUCGGAACAAAUCCUGAACGCUCUACAGAUUGACGAGACCGAGCAAAUACCACAGUUCUCGGCAGAGCCGGCCAUAACCAAUGCAAAAGAUAGUCAAGCGGACGUGGUGGAGGAGCCAGCCAUCAAUGGUGACCAUUCUUCAAAUCCAAUUUCCGAACAAUCAGAACCUGAACCGCAAAGUGUCGUUGAGAAACAGCCUGUGCACGAACAACAGGUUUUUGAGUCUGUCACUGAGACAGAGACGGUCCCGGAACCUGUGAUAGACGAACCUGUGUCGGAAACUGUUCCCGAUGUGGUUCCAGAAACGCUUCCCGAAGGGGCGGAACCUAUUCUUGAGACGGAUCACGAGGUAAAGAGUGAUGAACAAAUUGCAAAAGACCAAGACGUUGCUGAACAGGUGGGUGCCUCGAGCCCAGCUCUCCCAGAUACUAAUGAAAAGUCCUCAGAGGGAAAUAUGCCAUGGGACUCGGAACCAGCACAAUCCCUUCCUUGGGAGGAAGAGCCCCCAAAGCCAUUACCAUGGGAGGUUUCUGAGCCUGUUGAGCAGGAGAUUUCUGAACCUGCUGUUGAAGACGUUGUUCCAUCCACCGAAAUACUCGCGGAAACUAAUAAUACUCCAGCCGAGUCUGCAAUUGAGAGAUCUCUUUCAAAAGACCCACUGCUUGAGCAAGACCCAGUUGAGGAACCACAUAUUCUCCCUGAAAUAGUCCCUGAGACAGUCCCUGAAACAAUCACUGAAACUGUUCCUGUUGCUGAACCCGAAGUAGAAGACGUUCUAACGUGGGAGGAUGAAAAGGGUACCGAGACUAUGCCAUGGGAUAUUCCGGUGGAAAGCACAGAGCCAGUGGAGUCGACCAAAGAGUCCGAAGUCGUGGAACCGGCUCAAGAACUAGCACAGGAGAGUGCGAAUGUCUUGGAACAUACUCAAGUUGAGACUACUGAAGAGCAGUUGGAGGAAACCUCGCAAGGGCAAACACAAGAGCCUGUCAAGGAGACCAACUUGGAUGACAAGUUCAGCUUUUUAGAGUCAGACAACGAGCUCCUGUUGGACGAUGUUCUUGACGACGAUUUCCUGGAAGACGAGCCUGCCUCUGUUGCGCCUCAAGAACCAGCCCCGGUGACUGCAAAGAAAUACACCCCACAAGCCUACACUGCGUCGCCGUAUGCACCUCGGGUCGUGCCAAUUGGCCAGCCUGUGCAACCGAUACAGCAGGGCCAGCAAGGAUACGUUCCGCAACAACCAAGUUAUCUCACAUCUCCUCCUCAACCGGCAGCUCACAUCCAGCCACCUUCUCAUAUAAAAGAGAAGCUCGAAAAGGAGAAGAAGAAAACCGAUGCAUAUGAUUUCCCAGCGGAGCUUCUGGCUAAGCAUGCCCCUAUUCCUAAGGUGGCUACCCCAAAACAAAAUGUGUAUACCAUGAUUGAAAUGCAGAAGAGUCAUCCACAAUCUUUUGCAUCACCAAUACCGCAGGCUAAUAGGCUUCCUCCAAGAAUGGGGAGCGUUUCAUCAACCCGUUCAACUCCUCCACCAAUCAAACCUGCACCGAAGUCUCAAAAGAACUUCUUUGAGGAAUUGCCUAUUCCGAACAUUGCGACCACCGUUCAGCAUCCUAAAAACCCAUAUGAGCAUAAGAAAUCCCAAUCUGGACCAAAGAAUCCGUACAGGCUUUCACCCGAGGUGACCAAAGCCAGUCCCUAUGCACCAAUUGUUCAGAAUGCAAGCCCUGCAGCUGCGCAAGAGCCUGCUCUAUCUCUUCCUCCACAAGCAGGCCUUAGUUCGGGUCCACGUACCAGAAAGUCUACCAACCCAUAUGCUCCAGCAGAGGUUGGGGGACAUGCAAGAACCCUUUCUGUAAACUCAAACCCCCCUGUUCAGGCGAACGUGGUUCCUGUUCCACAUAAAUCGCCGAUCGGAAAGCUUGUUAGUCCAGUGAUCCCUUCUUCCAAUAUUCAGGGACAUCACCAAACAGCCCAGAAUAAUCAUAUUGGAAUCCAGCAGCCCCAGCUCCAUAUUUCUACGAAUCCGCAGAAACCGCCAACAAAGUAUUCUCCAUACACUCCGCAGACAAAAACGUUCCCGUCUCCAGCUCCUGUUGGACAAACGAGAAACCAUUACCAGCCACUAGACUCGGUCUACGGCGACAAUCUUAAACCAGAUACAAGUUCUGCUUCAUUUGCAAAUAACAAGAAGACAGCAUUCUUGCCUCCCUCAAAAAGUGCUGGACACGGUUCGCUGAAAACUACUGCACCAUCAAUUCAUUCUGCCCCUGCUCCCGUUGUGGUGAAUCCUGAAAACUUGGUCAGAAGACAAUGGCCAUUAUUCAGUUUCUCUGCCGGUAACAAGGUGGCUUACUUGAUUCCAGCUUCGGAUGGGUAUGGUCAUCAAAAGCAUGAUGUAAAAAUCCUGGACACAACCGUCGCUAUAGGAAAUCAUUCGCUUGUUCAACAGUUCCCAGGUCCAUUGCUGAAAAAUCGAACCAAGAAGAAGGAUGUUGAGAAAUGGAUCAGUGACAAGCUUGUUUCAUGCGGGGCAGAACUUGAAGGUCCAUUUACGACAGAUUCGCAGAUCCUUUGGGCAGUUCUAAAGGUCAUGGUUGCCAAUAUUAGUAAGCCAGGCGAUUUCGUUCAGGAAGCGUAUCUUCAGGGCAUAGUCCAAGUUCUCAAUCCCGUGUUGUCGAUCAACCAGAACAGAAACGCUUCUAUUGAUUUCUCCAAAUUGAGCAACUUCACUAUUCCUAACCAGAAACCGUUCAACGCGCACAAACUUGACCAAAGCGGUGUUUUGAAUCUACACAAGUACCUGGAAACUGGAGAUAAGUCAAAUGCUCUGCAAAUGGCUAUCGUGGAAGAAGACUGGGCAGUGGCUUUGAUCCUUGGAAAUAUGAUUAGCUCUGAUACCUUUACAAAAGUUGUGAAGCUUUACACUUCACGGGCAUUCGAUCCUUCAGACAUACUCCAACAAAAUUUGAGUAUGUGUUUGCAAUCGUCAAGCGACGACGGAUUUAGUGUUGAACAGUUCCAUGGUAAAGAAGAAUGGAUUGUGGAUAAUUUCAGAUCCAUUAUUCCUUUCAUACUUUUGAACAAUCAAAAUCCUGCUACCGUGUUGGUUCAAGUUGGAUCCCUAUUGGCGGAGGGUGGAUUCGAAAUCUACAGCAAGGUGUGUUUCAUGCUUUCUGGACUUCCUUUAAUUCCAAAGAACCAGACACAAUCUCCAAGUGAUAUCGACUCGAUGAUUGUUGAGGAAUUAUACUCUUACAUCUUGCAGUCUUCAUCAAAUGUCCCUCCUGCAUUCCCUAACGGAUUCCCUCACAUACCAUCUGUGGAAAUUCGCCAUGCUUCCUACUUGGCAGAUCUUGGUUUCUUCGUGGAAGCCAAACGCUAUGUCGACCAUUUCAGCUCUUCAUUGAAAUCAAGAGGCGCAUAUAUUGAUCCAGAUGUUGCUCUUGAAAGCGCAAAGCUGAUGGAAAGACUUUCCCAAACAGAAGUGGACGCCUCUGGCUGGUUUGGUAGCAAGCUUGGAAGAUCAGGAUUUGACAAAGUUUGGGGACAAUUGGACAAAUCUUUCAACAAGUUUGUUGCUGGGGAGGAACUUGAGGACGGUAAAAAAGCCCGCUCAGAAGGUGUCUUUGCGAAAUACAGCCCGGCUCCAUCGCGUAACCAGUCGCAAUUGGAUCUUGUUAGCAUGCAGCCGCAGUCCCAACCUAUCAUGUCAGGACAUCAACCGUUGUCUCGGGCAGCAUCUUUUGGACCAUAUGCAUCUUCGUCGCACUCUCAUUCUGCUCCAACAACUUCAUCUAACUCCACAUUGGUGCAGUCAUAUCAACCAUACUCGCAGGCCAAAUCUAAAUCUAAGAAGAGUACACCAUAUGCCCCAGUUCCGGCGAUCGACAGUGGUAUCGAUAGCAGCCGGAUCACUAUGAGCACUGCGCCGUUGUCUGCUUCCAGCUCUUAUGCUUCCAUGCCAAAACAUGAGGCAGCUCCAGCGCCACCUCCGCAGGUUGCUCAAACGGCACCACAACCUUUCCCAGCAGCAGGAAACCCAUACCAACCUAGAAGACCUGGUCUGCAAGCGAGAUCAUCCACCAUUGGAUACGAAUCUGCACAGGCCAACAAACUGGAAAGCCCAUAUGAUCCACAACAAAACUCAAACCCGGCUCCUCCACAAAAAGCUGCUCCUUCGAAGUAUUCACCUUGGAAGGAGCAUGCUUCGCUUGAGCCAGCAAAGCCUGUUGCGCCCGUGGCUCCCCCUGAAAACGAGGAUAGUGUUGAUAAUUAUCCAGAAUCAUUUUCCUCGAUCAGAACCGACAUCAACGUGCAGCAGCCUUCAGCUUAUAGGCCAGUCACGACUCAGUUCGACUCAAUUAACGUCUCUCCAGCAGCAUCGACCACCUCGUCAACUAAUCCGCUUCCUGAUCCAGAGUCCGAGAACGAUCCUUCAACAGCACCUGAGGUUAGCAAACCGCGUGCUCCAGCAGCCGCUGCAAGUCAUCCACCUCCUAAACAAAAGGUUUACAACCCUUAUGCUCAGGUGAUGUCUAAGAAAUCAAACGGCGUGGCAAAGGAAAGCCGUUACAAGCCUUCAAACACAAUCAUGGCUGAAUCCACCCAGUCUCUUGAAGACUCCAAUAUUCAGGACUCACAGAUUCCUGACAUGGAUUCGUACGACUUCUACAGUUAUGGUGGUUACCAUGCUCCUACUGCAGCGGAAAUCGAAGCUGCAAAGAAGUUGGAGAACGAAGACAAGGUGGAUGAACCUGAGCCAGAAACACAGAAAGAGUCUGAACCAGAGCAGGAGCAAAUUGAGAGAGAUUCAGAUUUCGAGUCUGAAGCUAACGAUGAGCCUCUGCCUCCACCUACCGGUAGAAUUUUGAGACCGGCAGCUUCGUUCCACGGAGCUACUGCUAACCAUUUGAGAAGCAUGUUUGAGCCUCCGUCUGCUCCAUUCAGAGGGGCUGCCAAGUCUCCAGCAUUAGUUGUGACCGAUCAGAAACGGUAUCAUGCCGAAGACAAUGACGACGAGUACUACGACGACGUGGUUGACGACGACGAUGAGGAUGUCGACGCCAAGCAGGCAGAGAGGAAGAGACAGGAAGAAGCCAAGAGAAAAGCUGAGGUGGAGGCCAAGAAGAAGCAGGAAGAGGAGGCCAAGAAGAACGAGCAACAAAAAGGACCUGAUGGAAACGGUGGCUCGUGGUUUGGCUGGCUUGGAAGAAAGAAGGAUGACCAACCAAAGCCUAUCAAGGCCAAACUGGGAGAACAGAUGACUCUUGAUUACGACGAGAAGUUAAAGAGGUGGGUCAACAGAAACGCUCCACCUGAAGAGCAGGUCGCCGACACGCCUCCUCCGCCUCCGGUGAAGAGGAUUGUUUCUGAGGCUAAUGUUCCGCGGGCUCCUUUGAACGAACCGUCGAGCAGUCCUGCUCCACCAGGACCUCCAGGUGCGCCGGGCCCAGCAAGUGCGCGCACGCCGGGAACAGUGAAUGGUACCAAAAAGUCGGACAACAUCGAGGAGCUACUAUCGAUGUCCACUACACGUAGGUCAAAGAGAGGUCCACGGCGAGGAUACGUUGACGUGAUGGGUCAGAAAUAG